GUCUGUAAUGAAAUGAAAACAACUACAUUUAUUAUAUCUGUGAAAUAUCUUCAAGAGUGUAAAAAAUUAUUUUUACAUGUUCCUUUGCUAUUAAGAUGUUAAAUUCAAUCAUUUUCAGAAAAGAAAUCAACAAUUUAUAUUUGAAUAUUGAAGGUCAUUUUUCAUGCUUCUGUCACUUUCUGAUUUAUUUUUGGAACUCUAUAGGACAAAACUCUUGUUUUAGAUUACAAGAGUUAACUUCGACAUUCUUUACCAGGUAAGAGUAUUUCAGCUUUUAACCCUAAUUCAGACUGUCAAUUGAUCAAAGCAAUUACCAAAUCACCUGUAAUUGAUAGUGGACACAUGUACUGUAUAUACAGGUAUCGUAAUGCGAGUUCAUUACGUAAUAAUCGUCUAUGAAAGGAGGUGUGAACUAUUAAUUAGCCUUAAGUACUCUGCCUUGGAACACACUAAUUAUUCUAAUGAGUUAAAAGGACAGUUAAAAUGAUAUUGGUCAAUCACAAGGGACACAGGGGUGCUUGUCAGAGGCAAAGGGGCGCGCUGAUUAGAGGGCGGGGCGCAGCACCCCUCCUUUUCUCCCUAGCUGAAACACUUGAAAACAGUUUGAACUAAUUUCUUCUCAAAUGCACCAGAAAAAAUCAUUCUGCUUAAUUAAUAAUCAAUUAUUUAAAAAAAAAAAAUUAAGAAAAUUGUUACUUUGACAAAUAUUACCCUUUUCUCAAACAAUAGACAUCCAAAAUUAUGGCUAAAAAGAAAUCCGACGUUUUUCAGGCUUUUUUAGUAUUUUGAUAUUUUACGUUCGCGGAAAACGUCAGAACCGGCGACAUUAGUAUUGCCAUUACAAAAACUAGAAAUUUGGCCGUCUCCAAGCAGAGUUGAUUUUUCAAUGCAUGCGAACCGAUCGAGAUGAAUCAAUAGCACAUUGUUUUAAGUACUCAUUAAUAUUGAUGAAAAGAAAACGACACUCUACAUUUCGAUACAGAACUUGCAAGAUUUUAAAAAGCACGAAAUCAAGACAAAUCUCGUUUUUUCAUCUGAUUGUACAUUUUAUCAAUGAACCAUUAAAACGAUAUUUGUGAUUAAUAAAAGUAUUUGCUAUUGAUAACUUGUUAGUUUUACAUUCAAUUCGGUUCGCAAAUAUCUAGAAUCAAUCUGAGAAGCCGUCUUCGGUUGGAGGCGGCGAAUUCCCAGUUUUCGAAGUGUCAUUUUUUUCUGUAAUGCAUGUAAUUGAUGUAUUUUCAGCUUCUUUGUUUUCAAUGAUCUUUCAUCACAAUGUUUAAAAAGGAACGACAUGCUAGGGUUUUAUACAUGUUUCCCUUUCAUUAUGUACUUUUCACAUUUCAUUUUGCGGUACAAAUCGAAUUUCUGUAGCCUGGUCGGUGAGAAAUCUCUAAGACAUCUGCUUUUCUAAUCAAAAAUGCAUAUCAAACUUGCAAACUUUAAAAAACAUAAUUUAUCCCAUGUUUACCCCCUUUGUCCCUUUGAUAUGACUCACUGGAUAUUUUUUAUAUUUUUACAUUCGCUGUGUUCUUCUACUAAGCCAACUGUGAAAUUGUUUUUAAAGUCAUUUUUGUGUAGACUCACGCGUAGAAAUAUACACGGAGAAACGUGCCUUAACGUGACGUCACAAUGAGGCUACAGCGACGUUAGUAAAAAUGCAGCGAAAUAGGACAGCGAGAAAUUAAAAUAUUGAGUAUAUUUUAGUUGCUUCCAAACAUGUAAAAUGUUAAUAUAAGGAAUGUUUUUCAGUUUAGUGUGAAUUAUUAGUGUGUGAAUUACAUAGACUUGCACGUAGGCAUAUUUUUCAUGAAACGCUAGCGCUUCAUGAAAUAUGCCUACGUGACAAGUCUGUGUGAUUCACACACCAAUAACUCACACAAAACUUAAAAACAUCCCUUAAAUAUCCCACAUUUCAGUGCAGUUAUGACGUCACAAUGUCUUUUGUGUUAGCGUGUUGAAGUAAAAUAAAGAAGAGUCCUAUUAGAAAUCAGUGUAAAAUAUUAGUUGUGAAGUAUUACAUGUAAACAUGGGAUAAACAGAAUCUCCAAUUAUUUGUGGGUGGAUUUUACUUUUAUCCAACUCGUUGUGUGUUUUUAUCCCCUAUCCAAGGCUCGGGGAUAAAAAACACACAACUCCUUGGAUAAAACUCAUAUCCAGCUACAAACCAUGGGUGAUCCUAUAUUUAUAUCAUUAAACUAUGAUCAAAAUAUGAAGUGUUUUAUUUUCUGAAGUUUCAUACUUUCUUUUGGUAAAGUAUGUACACAUAUAAUAGUUACAGAUUUCCAACAUCUGAUUUACAGACUUUUUUCCAAAUUCUUUGUUUUUUAUAUUCAAAUGUAGGUUUCUAUUAAAUUUAUAAACGUGAACCAAUCUUCAUUGAUAAGUGUUGAUUAAGCAUAAAAUAAUCGAAUUAUUUCAAUUAUAUCAAAGCUGCCUUUAUACAACUAAACAGACAGAGACAUACAGUCGGACAGAGGUGGAGAUCUGACUAAUGUUACUUUUCUUCUGCUACAGCGUGAAAAUCCAGGUGGCAGCUCUCAUGUUUAUGACGAAAUCAAACAUGUUCAUGUAGAUACAUCACGGGGAGACAGUUAUUCUGUAGUGGCUGCCAUAGACUUUGGUACUACAUACAGCGGAUAUGCGUACAUGUUUACAAAGGAUUCGAACAGUUCGAGCUAUUCAGAACCCCCAAUUUAUUCACCAAUUCAUUCACCAAGGUGGCCUGGCAAUGGAACAAUGUCAAACAGAGUACCUACAGCAGUUUUGUUUGGACCAGAUGGAUCAUUCCUCAAGUUUGGAUACGAAGCCAAUACAUACAUGCAAGAUAAUCCAAAUGAUGAGGAUCUCGAGAAGUUUUAUUUUUUUCAGGAUUUCAAAAUGCUGCUUUAUCAAAGAAAGGACUUAUCACUGAAUACGCAAAUUCCAGAUAUUACGGGUCGGAAAACUUUACCAGCUAUCAUCGUUUUCUCAAGUGUAAUUGAGUUCUUCUCAAAUCAUCUAAUGUCAAACUUGACCCAUCAUUUUGGAUCAUCAUUUAUUGAGAAAAAAGAAAUAUUUUGGGUAUUAACUGUGCCAGCCAUUUGGAGUCUGAGAGCUAAAUGCUUCAUGCGAGAGGCGGCUGAAAAGGCCGGUAUACCCGCCAAUCAACUAUCUAUUGCACUAGAACCAGAAGCAGCCAGUGUGUUAUGUCGCGAAAAAGGAGCGUAUGUUUUAUCAAAUGACAGAAUUGGAGCCGGACAGAAAACUCUCCAACCUCUCGAAGACAAUUCAACAUAUCUCGUUGUAGAUAUGGGAGGUGGUACAGUUGACAUAACUCUUCACCAUUUGCUUGAAGGAGGAGGACUUCGGGAACUAUACAAAGCCAGCGGUGGAGAUUUCGGAGGAAACCAGGUCAAUAAAAAAUAUUUGGUAUUUCUCGAAAAGUUAUUUGGAAAAGAUAUUCUGGAAGCGGUAAAACAAAAACAUCCAUCUUGUUGGUUUGAAAUGCUUACAAAUUUUGAACGCAAAAAGAGAACCAUUGGAGAACAUAAUGAUCACGAUAGAGUUGUCAUCGGUUUUCCCUUUUUAUUUGUGGAAGAAUACACGAAAUCAAAAGAUCAUGACUUUCAGGAAAGAAUAAACCCUCUCUGCUAUGGAGAAGACGUAGAAAUCAAGAACGAUAAAUUGUACAUAAAAGAGAAAAUCUUUAAGUCUUUUUUCGAAGGCUCUCUAGGGAAAAUCAAAAAUUGUAUUGAAACAAUUUUAGAACAUGGGGGCAAUACAGAUACUAUACUGUUUGUUGGUGGUCUUGCAGAAUCACCCUAUCUUAUUAAAAUGCUCAGAGAGCAUUUUAGUUAUUCAAAGGUUCUUGUACCAGAGGACCCAUCUCUCGCAGUCUUGAAGGGAGCUGUGAAGUUUGGACUCAACCCAACAAUAAUUCGAUCAAGAAUUUGUCAAUACACUUAUGGCUUCGCCAAACAAAAACCCUUUAUUGAUGGCAAAGAUGACGAAACAAGGAGAAAAACGUGCUUCGGUAAUCGAUAUUACAUAGAUGAUGUCUUUGAUAAACAUGUUGAAAUAGGGGAAAUGCUAGAAGUCGGAAAAUUUCAACAACCUAAAGAUUAUCAUCCACUUGACAAUGACCAAGUGGUAAUAAUUCUAGAGCUUUAUGCAUCCACAGAGAAAUAUCCAAAAUAUGUCAACGACCCAUCUUGCCACUUAGUUGGUGUCAUGAAGCUUGAUGUGAAGCCGAGAAAUCCUGGAGAAGACGGUACAAUUUCAGUUUGCCUCAACUUUAGUGGAACAGAACUAGAGAUAGAAGCAUGGGAAAAAAGAACUAGAAAUAUUACCCGCAAAAAGGUCAAUUUCUUAGGAUAGUUAUCUAAAAAAAAGAAAAACACACACGUAUAUUUUUAACAUAAAUAAAAAAAAAUGAAGUUCAGGUUUAAUUUAUUCACUUAGCGCUUUCGCCGUUUGGAAAUCAGUUUGGCCAAUACAUACUCUUUAACUGGAAGCGAUAUUUAGACGAUUAUUUCAUUUUUCUGUAACACAGUAAAGGAAAAUUUGCAAGAAUUUCAUACUAUUCUCAAAAAUCUGCACCCAUCUUUUCAAUUUACGUUGUAAAAAAGAGCGGAUAAGAACUACCCUUUUUCGAUAUCCUUAUAUAUAAGAAGAGUCGUAAAAUCAUAACAGAUUUUUACUCCAAGAAAACGCAUUCCCACCAUAACCUUGCAUUUAUUUUCUACCAUCCGUUAGUUGUUAUACGUUACAUACCCUUCAAUAUGGCAAGACGUGUUUAGUAUCGUCAUAGAUGAAACCAGAAUGUCUGUCUAUAGGAAUUGAAAACGUUUUUACUUAGACAAAACAUCAAUCUUUAUUAGACGUCUUUCUUGCAAGGGCCAAGUAAAUACAAACUGCAGAUAUCCGGAGUUAUACUAGACUAGGGACCCAGGCAAACGAUAAGGAAAUCAUACUUGUCGUUAAACAUAAAACUCUAUAGAACAGUGUUUUCCCCUUUUACAAAUUAAAAGGAAUUAUAAAUGACCCGAAGAACACUAUCCAAGGCCGGCUCCAACCCUCAAAGGGAAGAAACUCCUUACAGAGCCAGGUUUUAGUCAAAUGCAGACAAACAUACAAUAGCCAAAUGUAUGGACACCCUAUAUGAUGUCCUUAUUUAAAACAGGGGAGAGGUUUACAUUUAAAUGUUGUAAAACAUACCGUUAAAGCCAAUAUACCUGGUAUCAUGCAAAUCUAAAGCUUUUUAUGCUGUACAGUGUAUGACUUGUACUUCAUGUUGGGAAAACUACAUUUGACAGACCGGUAACAAUCUAGCUGACCGCAUCAGAGUCAAAAAGCAACAAAUACGGAAUUCCUCUGUCAUGACUAUGCCUUGUAGUGAACAUUUGGAGUCAUGACCGAAUGAAAACUUUUCGAUAUUUCCAUUUAAUUUAGGAAGAUAAUGAAGAAUUACUCAGGGCCAAGGAGUAUUAUUUUGUAAAAUCAUUCAAACAUCAGCUUAAUGUAAAUUUAAAAUGUUGACGUUAAAAUAACAGUCUUAUUCAUUACUAUAUGUAUAAACAUGUGUUCUAUUCUAUAUUUAUAGCACCCUAUUGGCAUUUACCUUCAAUAUAUAUACUUCUAAUAC